AUGGGAAUUUCUGAAAUGACUUUAGGAAAACUAUACCCUGGCGCUUAUGGAGAGGAUACUUAUUUGCAAAUACUUGUUGCUUUGAAAAAGCUUCGUGCAUGUGAGGCAAAUGAGCAAUUUCCAAAUAACAAAAACUUGACAAACAAAUCUAAUGAUGAACCGAUCGACCUGGAGAGUGGAGAUGUUGUGGUUCUCAAUGAUGCAUCUGCUAACUUUGCAGACAUAAUCUUAGUUAGAAUGAAUGGUGUAAAAUGUCUAUUGAUGAUUCAAUGUAAAUGGGAUUACGGUUCAAAGGAGAUGACUGAGAAAAUAGUCGAUAAUGAAGACACCAAAAACUUAAACAAGCUUCUUUCUGAAAUUAAAAAGAUGUAUGAGAGUUAUGAGCUCAUUACAAUCAUCUUCACCACACAACCAUAUAGAGAGUUACAAAAAAAACCGGGCGUUUUAAUCAUUUCAAAAGACAAAUUUGAAAAACGUUUUGGCCCUGUUUUUUCAUCAUUGGCCACAUUUUUCUUUAUUAGAGCUACUAAUCCCAAUCUUGGGGACAAGAAUAGGUUGAAAAACACUCUAGUUGGCGAUGAAUCUAUUGAUAAUGUUAUUAAAAAGCGGCCAUAUAUUAAUGAGGAUCAUUUUUACAGAGAGAACCCGAAGGCGAAAAAACAGAAAUUGGAUUUUUUUCCACUCGAUGUACCAGGAACUGAUAUAUAUGCACCAUAG